AAGACCAAGUCCUGGAAGAAAUUAGUGAACAUUUCUGUGACAGGUGCGACCGGGAUGAUAUCAAAUCAUCUGCUAUUCAAACUUGCCUCCGGUGAGGUUUUUGGACAGGACCAACCAAUAGCACUGAAGUUAUUGCGCUCGGAAAGUUCAGUACAAGCACUAGAAGGUGUAGUUAUGGAACUGCAGGAUUCAUUGUAUCCAUUGCUAAGGGAAGUCAGCAUCGGCAUAGAUCCUUAUGUGAUCUUCGAAGAUGCAGAUUGGGCCCUUUUAAUUGGGGCCAAACCCAGAGGACCUGGAAUGGAGCGAGCUGCCAUACUAGAUAUCAAUGGUCAAAUCUUUGCUGAACAGGGGAAAGCACUUAACGCUGUGGCAUCCCGGAAUGUGGAAGUCAUAGUUGUUGGGAACCGUUGUAACACUAAUGCUUUGAUAUGCUUGAAAAAUGCUCCUGACUUACCAGCAAAAAACUUUCAUGCAUUGACAAGGUUGGAUGAAAAUAGAGCCAGGUUUCAGCUAGCCUUACAAGCCGGUGUAUUUUAUGACAAAGUAGCCAAUAUGACUAUUUGGGGAAACCAUUCAACAACACAGGUUCCUGAUUUCUUGAAUGCCAAAAUUAGUGGGAGGCCAGUAAAAGAAGUUAUCAAAGAUACAAAGUGGCUAGAAGAGGAUUUCACUAUAACUGUUCAAAAGCGUGGAGGUGUGCUCAUCGAAAAGUGGGGCAGAUCUUCAGCUGCAUCAACCGCUGUUUCCAUCGUUGAUGCCAUGAGAUCCCUUGUAACUCCUUCCCCGGAAGGGGACUGGUUCUCUACAGGGGUUUAUACGACCGGAAAUCCUUAUGGCAUAGCAGAAGACCUCGUAUUUAGCAUGCCGUGUAGGUCAAAUGGUGAUGGCGACUAUGAACUAGUUCAAGAUGUGGCAACGGAUGAUUUUCUCGGGGAUCGGAUCAAAAAGAGUGAAGCGGAACUGAUCGCCGAGAAAAGAUGUGUUGCCCAUCUUACAGAGGAGAAAGGUCACAAGGUUCCCAACGGGAAGAACGAUAGUUGCAAGAAAUGA